GAGGCCAAAAUGGCGGCUCAAGUGGCUGCGGCGGCCCAGGCGGCGGCGGCCCAGGCAGCGCAGGCGGAGGCGGCCGAGUCGUGGUACCUGGCACUUCUGGGCUUCGCCGAGCACUUCCGCACUUCCAGCCCGCCCAAGAUUCGCUUGUGUGUGCACUGCCUGCAGGCCGUGUUCCCCUUCAAGCCGCCGCAGCGCAUCGAGGCCCGCACGCACUUGCAGCUCGGUUCCGUGCUCUACCACCACACCAAGAACAGCGAGCAGGCGCGCAGCCACCUGGAGAAGGCGUGGUUGAUAUCACAGCAAAUCCAACAGUUUGAAGAUGUUAAAUUUGAAGCAGCAAGUCUUUUGUCUGAGUUAUACUGUCAAGAGAAUUCCGUAGAUGCAGCAAAGCCACUGCUGCGGAAAGCAAUCCAGAUCUCACAGCAGACUCCAUACUGGCACUGCCGCCUGCUCUUCCAGCUCGCUCAACUGCACACACUUGAGAAGGACCUGGUGUCAGCCUGCGACCUCCUGGGCGUGGGGGCUGAGUACGCCCGGGUGGUGGGAUCCGAGUACACACGGGCCCUGUUCCUGCUCAGCAAAGGAAUGCUGCUGCUGAUGGAGCGCAAGUUACAGGAAGUGCACCCGCUGCUGACCCUCUGUGGACAGAUAGUUGAGAACUGGCAAGGGAACCCCAUCCAGAAGGAGUCUCUGCGUGUCUUCUUCCUGGUCCUCCAGGUGACCCACUACUUGGAUGCCGGGCAGGUGAAGAGUGUGAAGCCGUGCCUGAAGCAGCUGCAGCAGUGCAUCCAGACCAUCUCCACGCUGCACGAUGAUGAGAUCCUGCCCAGCAACCCCGCUGACCUGUUCCACUGGCUGCCUAAGGAGCACAUGUGUGUGCUCGUCUACCUGGUGACCGUGAUGCACUCCAUGCAGGCUGGCUACCUGGAGAAAGCACAGAAGUACACGGACAAAGCCCUCAUGCAGCUGGAGAAGCUCAAGAUGCUUGACUGCAGCCCUAUCCUGUCCUCCUUCCAAGUGAUCCUGCUCGAGCACAUCAUCAUGUGCAGGCUUGUCACAGGACACAAGGCCACUGCGCUGCAGGAGAUCUCCCAGGUCUGCCAGCUGUGCCAGCAGUCCCCCCGGCUCUUCUCCAACCACGCGGCACAGCUGCACACGCUGCUGGGCCUAUACUGUGUCUCUGUCAACUGCAUGGACAAUGCAGAAGCCCAGUUCACCACAGCCCUGCGGCUCACCAACCACCAGGAGCUGUGGGCCUUCAUCGUGACCAAUCUGGCGAGUGUGUAUAUACGGGAAGGAAAUAGACACCAAGAGGUACUGUACAGUUUGCUGGAAAGGAUCAAUCCAGACCAUAGCUUCCCUGUCAGCUCACACUGCCUGCGAGCAGCAGCUUUCUACGUGCGCGGGCUCUUCUCCUUCUUCCAGGGACGCUACAAUGAGGCCAAGCGAUUUCUUCGAGAAACUCUGAAGAUGUCCAACGCAGAGGACCUGAACCGACUCACAGCCUGCUCCCUUGUGCUCCUGGGCCACAUCUUCUAUGUGUUGGGGAACCACAGAGAGAGUAACAACAUGGUGGUGCCUGCCAUGCAGCUGGCCAGCAAGAUCCCAGACAUGUCCGUGCAGCUAUGGUCCUCAGCCCUGCUGAGAGACCUGAACAAGGCCUGCGGGAAUGCUAUGGACGCCCACGAAGCCGCCCAGAUGCACCAGAACUUCUCGCAGCAGCUGCUCCAGGACCACAUUGAAGCCUGCAGUCUCCCUGAACACAACCUCAUCACGUGGACGGAUGGCCCACCCCCCGUGCAGUUCCAAGCUCAGAAUGGACCCAAUACAAGCCUGGCCAGCCUCCUGUGAGGCUCCUGAAGGGAGCCGCCCAGGUUCUCGGGGCCUCUGUGGGGCCCGGUGUGUCCCCUACUUCCAUCCAGACGGCACUUGAGCUUUCCUUGGAGGUGUGCUGGAGUGGGUGUCCCCAGGCUUCUUUUCUGACUGUCUCCAGAGCUUCCAAGUCCCUGGGGAGUGUGCAGGGCUGAUUCCGCCCUCCCAGGAAGGGCUGGCCAGCCAUUCCCACCAUGUAACAAGACCCCCAGUGCUGAGGCUUGCAGGUGGGAUAUUGGAGCCAACUUUCUAGAGCCAUCCUUUAAAAUGGACUUGAAUUGCCAGUUCUGCUUCCACGUCUGAGUCACGCCUUCAAGGGAGCGUGUCUGGGCGGGAAGUGGGGUGCCAGUUGCCAGGGUGGGUGGGACCGCUGGUGCAUUGCCACAUGACUUCCAUCACCUGGGCCUCCGUGCCUGGCCGGAGUGUUUCCUCUGCUCACAGCAGCUUCCAGAGCCCAGAGGCAAAACGCCAGUUUCUGCCCCAGAAUUGGAGGGAAGAAGUGAUGGCGCAUGUCAGGGACAAAAAUGCACAUCCCACCAUAACACUUUUCCCAGCUUGCCUUUCUGUCCAGUGUCCCCCCAUCAGACAGCCAGGGCCUCUGGUCAGGAAUCCUGGGGGACCCAGGAACUCGGCUUCCAAACAUCUGCACCUUGCCUGGAUUCAGUGUCCAGCCAUGGAGGUGCACGUUCUUGUAGACACGGGUGUGCAUGUGUGUGCGUGCGUGUGGUGAUUCGCAGAGCUGGGGCCGGGGGCUGAGACUCCUAUGUUUGCGUCAGCCGCCUUCCCCCAUCAGCAUCCAUACUGCUGGGCAGGAAGCAGAGGAGAAGGGAGGGGACCCUCCUCAGCCCCACUCAGGGUGCCUGAACGAAGAAGGGGCUUGCUUCCUGGCAGCUCUGUGGCCUCCUCGGCAGAGGACAUUCACAGACGCCUGGCCCCUCACGCUGUUCUCGGGAGGAUGAGGAGACCUACCCGCCUUGGGGCUUGGGACAGCGUUGAAAGCUCUUCCUGAGCUGGACCCCAGGAGGCUCUGCUAGGCUCAGACAACCAUGGUCGGUUCUGUGCUCCUCUUGGAUAGUUGAGGAGGUACCCCAGUGGUGAUGGUGGCAUUGGGGGCAGUUGAGGUAGCCACCUCCAGCUUCCGGUGCCUGGGAGCGUCUCCCCACAGAGGAGUGCUGAGUGGUCAUGCUAGUCAGGGUGGCUUGUUAGUUUGCAUCUUGUUACCCUUACACUGUGAGGGCUGCUUCUCGAAGCCUCAGUGUCUGACAGAAGGAACACUGGGAUCACUCAGGUCAGCUGCUCAGGCCCUGAGGCCUGAGUGUGCCUUAGCCACAAGCAGGGCUGUCAGCAGACCUCCCUGCACAGGGCCACUGCCCUUACCAGGCCAGCGUCAGGCCCCUGCUGCCCACUGGAGGCCAGCGACAGGCGUGCAAAGUGAGCUGCUGAUUGGAGGCGUGGGCUGGCCAGGGCUUGUCCUAAGAGGACCCACCAUCUGUGUGGCAUCCUGGGUCACCCAGGAGAGCCUAGCACUGUCCUGUGCUGCUCAGGGCCACCUUCUUGGCUGACCCCCCUGGGCCCGUGAGGCCUACAGAGGAGGGUGUGACAUGUGGCCACAAGCUGCCCUGUCCUGUCUUCCUCCCCCCUCAAGGGUAUCCCCUAGGCCCUCCCCUCCACCCAUGGGACAGAGCCCCCCUCUUGCCACAAGCUGCCCCUAUUGGCCUAGACCCCGCACUGUCUGACCUCUCCAGACUCUCAUUACUUCAAUCACGCUGUACAUCAUGUUUGUCUCUGCGUAUUUAUUUAAGCCUUUCUUUGCUUCUAGGGCAUUUUUUAUGUAGAGCAGUUGAAAUAAGAACCUCAAAACUUAACAUCUGUCCUGAUGUUAAAGUGCUUUUAGUGACCACUCUGUUAUCUAUGUUCAUGUAAAGUUAAGGAUAAGUUUUUAUGUUUACAGCUAAAAAUUCAGUACUCAAUAUUUAAUGUUCCACUAUAGCUUUAUGGAAGCCAAACUGCGUGUACAUGCAUUUCUGCGUGUGCGAGCUUUGAACCUCCCCUUCACCGUAGCAUCUUCUGGUUACAUAAAGCUGUCAUAAGUACCUUCCUGUGAGUCCAAAUUGAGUGCCUCACGGUUUCUCACUCAAUCAGCGUUUAAGAUAGGCAGCAAGUGAGCCCCCAGGGAGACCUUACACAGUGUCAUAACUGUUUAGGAAAAACAGAUAAAAACUUCAAGCCUUUCAGUGUGCAGAGAUGCAAGGGAGCAGCAGAAAGAUCCCUGUUGGCAGGUAAAUUACUGAAAGCCAGUCUGACUUUCGUGUGUUCUCCCACCUCCUCCUGGGGUCCUCAGGGCCUGUGGAUCUGGGGGACUGGGCCGGGAGAUCCCGGGUUCCCUGGCAUACACACACCGCUGUCUCCCCUGCGCUGGUGUUUGCAGUCAUCCGCGGGUAAAGCGAGGGUCCUCUCCCUGGGGUAAGCAUGCCCCACCCCACUUAUUGGGAACACUGGCAAGGAAAUCAAAAAAGGGCUGCCUGGUGCAGUGGGUAAAUUUGUUGAUUGCGUUGUCUCUGUUUUGUUAAGGGUUUUUAAUAAGUAUGUUUGGCAUAAUGUCUUUUAAUGGGUUUGUAAUAUGGUUUUAGCAGCCUGUAACUUCAGCUGGUGCUUUUAAUCAGGAAAAAAAUUUUUGUAAAUACAAAACAUUGUUUAAAAGACA